ACAUAUGUGGUGGGUUUAAUGGAAACGAAUGCCUGUUUACAGCAGAAGUGUACAACACUGAGAGCAACCAGUGGACAGUCAUUGCACCCAUGAGGAGCAGGAGGAGCGGAAUAGGUGUAAUUGCUUACGGGGAACAUGUUUACGCAGUAGGUGGCUUUGAUGGAGCUAAUCGACUGAGGAGUGCAGAAGCCUACAGUCCAGUGGCUAAUACGUGGCGCACAAUCCCCACUAUGUUUAAUCCUCGUAGCAAUUUUGGUAUUGAGGUAGUGGACGACCUCUUGUUUGUGGUGGGUGGCUUUAAUGGCUUUACCACCACCUUUAAUGUUGAGUGCUAUGAUGAAAAGACCGAUGAGUGGUAUGACGCUCAUGACAUGAGCAUAUACCGCAGUGCUCUGAGCUGCUGCGUGGUGCCAGGGCUAGCCAAUGUUGGGGAGUAUGCAGCUAGACGGGACAACUUCACAGGAUUAGCACUGCGAGAUGAAGUAAAGUAUUCCGCUUCGACAAGUACCCUACCUGUAUGAGCCUCUUCAUUUAGCUAAUAAAAAGUCUAAGCAAUAAGAAUUAAUUCUUUUUUUAAAUAAAUGCAGUGUUUAAACUUGUAAGA